AUGCUUCGAUGGUUACAGUUGUUUCGAAAUUGCAGUGUUCAACCCUGUCAUAUGCAGAGAAAUCAAGUUGCUGGUUUACGAUAUUUACAUACAGGAAAAAUGGAUUUAAGAGAAAACCAGCAUCCAUAUACGUGCCAAAACGUCAUCGUAAUGAGGCACAGUGAACGCCUCGAUAACGUCGAACCCUCGUGGAUAUCCACAGCAACACGACCGUGGGAUCCGCCACUGACACACUCGGGUCGGGUUCUAGCAUUCCAAACGGGUCAAGCUAUCCGAAAGAGCCUCGGGUUCCCGGUUCAUCGACUCUUUGUUUCACCUUUUCUACGUUGCGUCCAAACUGCCGCGGAAAUCGUUAUCGCUCUAUCUGCCAUUAACGAUGCUGGUGAAAGUGUAAGCCGUGACCACACUUCUGUUGAUACUUCAAAAGUCAAGGUAUCUAUUGAGAAUGGAUUAUGUGAAAUGCUAAACACAAUAGCUAUUCGUGUCAACGUUGCUCCAGAAGAUGGAAAAUUUAGUUUUGACAUUUCACAGCUUGAAACCAUCUUCCCAAAUGGAACUGUGGAUAAUAAUAAUGUAGAAAUGGUAUAUAAAGAGCUACCUAAAUGGGAAGAAUCAGUUUCACAAGCAAGUGUUAGAUAUCAACAAACAAUUACAAAUCUUGCCGAUAAAUAUCCUACUGAAAACUUGUUACUUGUUACACACGGGGAAGGAACACAAGUGGCUCUUUCUUCAUACACAAAAGAUGUUGUGGAACAUAAAGUGAAAUAUUGUGGUUAUGUACAACUUACACGUCCUAUCUUCAAAAAUGAUCAUUCUUUUGUUGGUGGAAAGUUCAAUUUAGAAACUCACAUUGGUCAAAAUGGGGUGAACUAUAUUUCCUCACAAGAACUUUGA